AUGUCACGCUGUGCAGAAACACUCGGCCCGGAAUCGGACGACACAGAUCGAGCAAGACGGUCGUUGCAGCAUCGCACACGUACAUUUAGGAAGCUGAAUGCCAAGGAGAAGUCCCAGGCCUUCAAAGUGAUCUGCAUAAGUUUCGGAUGCCUUCUUUUUUGCGUCGGGGCCCUAACUGCUGCCAUGUACGCCAGGCAGCUGAAUGAGCUGUCCAAGGUUCUGCGAUCGCCGUGCCACUCAUCUAAAUGCAAGACUAGCCUACAGCUGGUGAAGAAAAUGAUGAGCCCCGUCCAAAACGCGGAUCCUUGCCGCGACUUCUUCGAGUACGCUUGUGGAGGCUGGUCGUCGAAUUCUCGUGGAUACAGGACUUUUACUGACGAGCUCAUUGCAAGGUUUAAGGACACCACUGACUACUACCUUCUCCACAGUCACAAGAUUGAAGAUGAAAAAGACACAUCUUACGACCUGACAACUUUCUACGGGACCUGCAUCGAUUUCCUUAAAGUUCCGAUGCCCUUCCCUGUGCUCGUGCGUAAGGCAAUUGCUCUUCUUGAUCUGAGUUUCACGGAAUGGUUUCGAAACGACGACCCACUGUCCCUGUUCUUUUUUGUCGUGCGUUUGAGUCUCACGCACGGAAUUAACACCCUCCUUAAACUUGACCUCAUCAAAGAUUCUACGGGUUCUGUUAUCAGCUUAGCGCCGCCCUCUUCUGUCGAGGCAAAAAUGGCGGGUUCGAAAACCCACAGUGAUUGGAUGGUUUAUAUGGCGGAGAUUAUGUACGCCUUUGGCCUCGAAAACAUCACAUUCGACGUGACUAUGCAGAUACUUGAGUGGGACAAGGCAGUGGGCAACAUUACUAAGACGACAAAAUUCGCUGCCAAACAGAAGUACAUGGUAGAGCAACUUCCCACCGUUCCAAACCUACUGAAAGCUACCGACUGGCUAGAUGCAAUCAACGACAAUCUUGAUUAUUCGAUUAGGCUUAAAAACGUCAGUCAGAAGUUGUGGGUGGCAGGCAUGGACAGCCUCAAAGUUAUGUUUGAUUUAUAUUUCAAACCGGACCUUCAAAGUGAUCACUUCGUUAUCCUUUACGUGUUUGUCCAAGCGGUGACCGAGCUCCUGCGAUUCGACUUCAAUCGCGAUGUGAUGCCUCAAUGGACUUGCCUGAAGUUGGCGUACGCAAACUUCCGAGCUCCUUUGAUCAGUUUCCUCGGAGAAUACUACGUCGGAAACAUUGUCAACGGCGAGUUCGAGUCACUGUUCACGAAAGUACGACAACAGGUAACCAAGGACAUAAGUCGACAGCGCUGGAUUGACGAAGAUAUCGCAUUAAAGUCACAAAUCAAGGCAUCGAACGUGACGCUCUUAGUCCUCAGGCACAACACCGCAGACACCGGCUAUAGAAAAGCUCCCAUGACGAACGAUUUCAUGAAAAACUACGUCAAGAUUGUUCGUCUGAACAAAGAAGAUAGUAAUCGCUACCCGAGGCCAGAUACCAACAGCAGCGACGAUCUCGAGCUCCUCAUCGGUGCCCUUGAGUACGACUACUUGAUGAACAAGGUACGUGUGCCUAGUGUCAUGAUGGUACCGCCUUUAUUCUUCAACAGCGUCGAGGAACCGCUCGUGGACUUGUCCACCGUGGGUGCCAGGUUGGCCUCCACCCUCAUCAAGUCGUUCCUUCGAGAAGGUAGCAACUAUGAGCCUGGAGGUCUGAAGCAGAAGUGGUGGUCUCAGAAACAGCUGGACGCCUUCAGCGCUCACGCCGAUUGCCUUAUGGCGCUGAACCUCCCGCAGCGGCACGGUCCGGUCACUUCUGCCGUCAAGGAUGACCUCGUGUCUAGCGUCUGGGGUCUGGCCGUCGCCCAUUCGCUGGCUAAUGUUGCCGGGAAGAAAACACUGGAGAAACAUUUCUUUCUCAGGUAUUGUCAGCAGUUCUGCACGACGCAUCCCGACGACAACGUACCAGGACUCUCCCUGAGCUAUAGUAUGGCGUGUCAUCUACCGUUGUUAAGUCUGCGGUACUUCCGGCGGGCCUUCGAAUGCGCCAACGGUUCCAUAAUGGCGCCGCAAAGUACUUGCCACAGCUUAUAA